GUGUGUGUGUGUGUGUGUAUGGCGCGUGCGGCCCAUACUGUUAGAGGCAAAAAAUAAUGUUGAAAAAAAAUCCCAAAUUCUUUUCUGUAUUACUAAUUUGCAUCUACUUUAAAUUAUCUUGGUCACAGAUUCUUUUUCACUUCUUGUGCCAUUUUUACGCACAGACUUGCUAACAGUUGCCCAUGCAGCUGUGUUACAAUGGUUUAGUUAAAUACAGCUGAGCUCAUGUAUCGAUAUUUUCUUUAUAGAAACGAGCAGAUUUGUACAUAUUGGCGCGCGAAAAUGACCCCAAUGCUUUCAUGUCUUGGUUUUUUUUCUGAUAAAGUACUUGAGUCUUCAUGUGUACUGUUGCUCCAUAUUAAGCAAAUAUUUUAGCUCAGUGUUGUUCAAAAAGAGUYGCCACUCCCGUAGCUUUAUUUCAUGUCUUUGUUGUUGGGUCACGAUGCGCUUUUAAACUUGAUUUUCCACUUUUACGCACAUUUUUUUCGGCGUGCAUUUAAGUAAUUUAUAUAUUUAAAUAUAUUAUUUGCAAGGUUUAAAAGUUUUGCAGAUCCAAGUCUUUGUUGAUAUUUGUGUUAAGAUUUGAGUUGCGCGUAAAACCAAUCAGUGCAUCAGAGUCCAUGCUGUUUUUUUAUUCUUAUUAUUCUUAUUAUUAUAUUUCUAUUAGUUGUACCCUUUACAAUAUAAUGCCAUUUUUUUUACAACUGUGAUCUGUGUUGGACUUCAGACCCUCUGUGCAGGGUGGUGCAUUAAGGCGAGGUGAGGGAACGCACUGAUUGCUCUGUUGUUGUUUUUUUUUCCCUCUGCCUGAGCUCCAUGAUGGAUUUCGUUUGGUCUGGCUACGUAGCCUCAGAGUGGGAGGAGACUGACCUUCUUCCAGCAUUUUCAUUGGUUUUACAAUCCGCUUGGAGCAAAAGGAGGGGGGUGGUGGUGGUGGGGGGUGCCUCUAAUCAUAUCCAGCAUGUUUUGCACAAGAAAUGUCAGCCAGAAAGGGCUAUCUUCUCCCUUCGCCAAAAUACACCACAAUAAUGUCAUGUUCGGACAGCCCGUCAGGAAACGCGUUUUUGGUGGAUUCACUGAUCAGCGGCCGCGGCGACAGCGGCGGAGGUCACUACACUGGGAGCGCGGUGUGCGUGCCUCACAGCACCGCUGCAGAAGUGCCUUACGGACUACACAACUAUGGAUACUUUCCAGGUAUGGCUAAACGGAGCGAGGUGGGUCACCAGAACAUGGUUGCCGCUUCGGGCGCGUACAUGUCCAGCAUGGAAAUGUGGAUGGACGCGCAGAGGUCAUGUCGGAUGGAACAAGAGCAUCCAGCGGGUCCCCAGGUCGCACCCUGCACGUUCCCGCAGAACAUCAAGGAAGAGAGCACCUACUGCCUGUACGAGCAGCCCAAGUGCCCUAAAGCGUCCACGGCAGAGGACCUGACAUACUCCAGAUUYACCUCCGCCGGUCUCGGCUCCACUUCUUGCACAGCUCCGGAUGGUGGCGGGGGCUCUGUGCCUGUGCCGGGCUACUUCCGCUUGUCUCAGACGCACGCACAUUCUCAUAAACUUUACAACACCGACGGCCCCCAGUCGAACCCUUCCCAUUCCCAUUUUGGCCUGCACCCCACUGAUCUCGCUCGCUUCCACACGCCACCGACCUCGGCUCCAGCUCCGGGAGCCACCGCGGCACAGGAGGGGAAGGACAGCGAGGAGGGAGAGCUCGUGUCUUCGGGAAACCUGCAGCCCCACGCCACGUCCGGCGCCGAGGAGGCGCGCGACUCCUCGGAGGGGGAACUCUCUUCCGCGGACGAAACUGAAGAAAAUGACAAGGAGAGAGCGGAAAAGACCAGUAAAGGAGACACAAAAAGUGAAAACACGGCCAACUGGCUGACGGCAAAAAGCGGCCGAAAGAAACGUUGCCCCUACACCAAGCACCAGACUCUGGAGCUGGAGAAGGAGUUCCUCUUCAACAUGUACCUGACCCGAGAGCGCCGCCUAGAGAUCAGCAAGAGCGUCCACCUGACGGACAGACAGGUCAAGAUCUGGUUCCAGAACCGCAGGAUGAAGCUGAAGAAAAUGACGCGGGAGAACCGGAUCCGGGAGCUCACGUCCAGCUAUGGAUUUUCAUGAUUGAGCCCCACGAAAAAUAAAACAAAUAAAUAAAUAAAUUAAUUAAAAGAAGAAAAAGAAAAUGGGGAAAAAAGAGAAGUAAAUAGGUUCUUCCCACCCCCUCCUUACCCUUUUCUCCGCACUCAUUUUACUGUGAGGUGCAGCAAAACCUAUUUUUUUUUCAUUUCCAGACAUGUCGGCUGACUGGAGGUUGUUUUCUGAUGUCGUGUUUUAUUUUAUUUUAUUUUAUUGUAAUUUUGUUACAUCCCUUAUAUGACUGGAUGGUGUCGUUAAAUCAGGACAGUUCAACAACAACAACACACACUUUCUCAGUCACACACACAAAACACAGCUGCGCCCUGCGGCUUAAAUAUAUAUCUACAUUUAACCAAAUUUGAUCAUAAUUGGAUCUAUGUGACAUGAAGUCUUCCAAAACCUUUCAACAUAACACCUCAUGUUUACCAAAUUCUUCCACCCUGUGAUACGAGUCCAACACGAUGGGUGCUAAUCCAAGAGUGAAAUUAGGAAUUUGGAUUUUAGGAACAGUUAAACAGUGAAGGAGGAUUAUUUGAAUGUAUAUUUCUCUGUACAUAAAUAUAAAUAUAAAUAUAAAUAUGACAUUGUGUUUUUGUGUAAUGCCUAAUAAAUUAUCAGCUCGCACUGAA